ACACGACCCACACUGCCUGCUACAUGAUCUCCUGAAAAGCACAGCUCUGUGUCUUUGUAGCCGCUUGUCUCCGCUCGAGCCUUUUUAGAGACACGGAGAGAUGCCUUCGCGUCAACCUUGAUCUCCAGAUGCUCCCCGGCCCCCUUUCCUAGUAUCUCUCCCCCUGACCCUUUACCCCAUCACCCCCUCUACCCUUCCCUAAUCUCCCCUUCAUUGCUCACCCCCUUGACAAUGUUCUCAUGUGUCUCCUGGCUGCAGCCUUUCCUUGCCUUGCUGUCCUCCACCUUGUUAACUUGGGGCUACAACUGCCCACCCAGCUGCUUGUGUCCAGACCAUCACACCGUGGAUUGCACAGGUCAAGGACUCACCCGUCUUCCAAACUCCAUCCCUCUGGAUGUACGGAGACUCCUCCUGUCUAACAACUGGAUUUCCUGGAUCCCCUCUGAUUUCCUGGUUCUGUAUAGUGAUCUGGUCUACUUGGAUCUGAGGAAUAACUCGCUUACUAAACUGGAGCCUGGGACACUUACGACAUCAUCCAGGUUGGUUUAUCUGGAUUUGGGGAGUAAUAACUUGACUGAGAUCCCCACCGGGACUUUCGGGGAGACCCGGAGCCUGAUCAAACUACGUUUGGGUAGCAACCCAUUUUUAAACAUGGUCAGCAAGGACGCCUUCUCGGGCCUCACAUCUUUACGUGAGCUGGAGCUGGAGAGAAACGCCCUCUCUGGAUUGGAUGUUGGGGUGUUGAGCCAGUUGCCGUCGUUGCGAAUGAUACGCCUGGAGGGGAACCCUUGGGUGUGCAAUUGUAACUUUGCCAAACUCUUUCUGUGGCUGUUGGAGAAUCAUCACAAGCUUUCAACCGGUUUAGAUGGUGUUGAAUGCUUUCUCUCAGGGGAUGGGCAGCAGGUGUCACUGAGCGCGCUUUCUGAGAACAGUUUCCGGGAAUGUCGAGGAAUGCUGACUCUCACCGAUUAUCUCAUAGUGAUUUUUUCUGGAAUUUGCAUUUCAGUGGCAGCCAUUAUUGCCAGUUUCUUUUUGGCUUCCACUAUCCACUGUUUCCAGCGGCUCAAAGCCAAAAGGACAGAUGAAGAGGAGGGAGAGGAGUGAGGAAGGAGGAGUGAGCAGAACUCAAAACUCCCACAGAUUACCCAUAAUGCAGCACACAGUGGAAGCCAAGGGGUGGGAUAAAGUUGUGAACCACAUCAUUUCCAUGAUAAAGAGCCCUGAAUUAGACCCAAGGUGAUGCUGCUAGAGAGGUCCUGCAUCUCACGAUUCAAAACCCUCAUCUGUGAUGCUUUAAUGCAUCAUGUGUAUUUAAUACUUGAAAAACAUUGAUCGAAUCAAGCCUUAAGAUUUAAACUGUUCUGAAAAAUCCCGUUUACUAAACCCUUGUCUUUUCACACUGUAUUCUUGAUAGUAGUCAAAGGUGAUUGGCAUUAUAUUUUGACAUCAGAUAGCUGUGUUAACAUAACAAUGGUCUUUUUAUGGAAAUGUGCAAGUGAAUGAGUAUUUUCUACAUGAGUUAUUUUUUGGUAUUGCGUUGUCGUAAUGAAUCUUGCUCAGCUGUAGUAAGGUUUAGCUACUUGCACUUUAAAGUACAGAUUAACUAUUGCACAGAAAUCCCAGUGAGCCACACUGUAGGCAAUUUUUCAUUAACCAUAAUGGCCAUUCUCACCAAAGAAUUAACAUAAACAGUACAUAUUGUGAUUUUUGAGUUUUUUUUAAGAGAAGCGUUCAAAACCUCACACAAUAUGAUUUUAUAAAUAUAAAUAUGUCAAUGUAAUUUUUGUUGUUGUAAUUUACAGUAAUAAAAUCCUUA